GACAAUUCUACAAAAUCAAUUUGUCAUUACCGGAAAACUCGUAUACUUAUCACCUUCCACGAAGCAAUUUUCUAAUACUCUUGGCUUAAUCAUCAGCUUUACAAAAUGCGCAUUGCACCAGUGACGCAUAUGUCUUAUCAUAUAUUUGUGCGUUGCAAUGCAAUCAUGUUACCAAUACUUGAACACGGACUGUCGCUGGACUCCUAAACUCGCCGAGGGCAUUGGAAUGUCUGUGUCCGUUCCUGCGGUCAUUAAUGCACCGCCUUGUCGCGAUUGCUACGGGCGCGCAACGCGCGUUGCGGCCAGUCUCGUCGAUCGUGUUGCUUAGUGUGUUCGCACUCGAGGGACCUUCGCGAGAACAUCCGCGAAUUCGUCCAUCGAGAUCAUUGUGCGUGCGUGCGUGCACCUGACCACAUUUGACGACGAGGACGACAUUGCGUGCUAUUCGUGGUGUGUGUGCAUGGCGUCGAUAGUCGUGUCGACAAUAAGAUCAGCCGGCGAGCGAUGACACGCCCGCACCGUCGCAGCACAUAGCAAGGGAAUCAUAGCGGAUAGCGCAGAGCCACUGUGAGUCAGUGUUCAAUGUAAACUUGCUGAAACAGAGUGGAUAGAUGACAACCUUCUCAGGAAGAAGGUAUGGCAAGCUUGAUGGUGAACACCUCUAGUAAAAACAGUUCGCGCAGUGGAUCUCCCAGUAGAGCAACUUCAACAUCUCAACUACAUCAGCAGCAGCAGUCAGGAAACUUAGAUCACACUCCAAGAUUACGUAAUGCUCCAAUUUCUCAGGCAGGAGAGGGUAGCACAGGCAGUGGUAGCGGCGGUGGUGGUGCUGCGAGCAGCCUUAGCAUGAAAAGCAGCGGUAGGCAAAGAUCACCAGGAAAUAUAAUUCGCGUGGGAGACGCCAUGGAGGAACAAAGUAAUACAAGCACUGCCGAACCAGAGGAGUUUGUGCCAAACAUUCAUCCACCGACUGAUGACGAAGGAGAACAAUACCACGCAACUCAAUCGUUCCUAUCGAAUGGCUCUUCUGAACUGAUAGCUGAUGAUGUUGAUUCCAGCGCCGUAAGAGUUCGUCAAGCUAUUGAACACAUUCAAAGUAAAAUUGCUAAGACGCGAGAGCUAAUAAGAAUAGAACAAACUACGCGGGAUGAAAACGUCAAUGAAUAUUUGAAAUUAGCUGCUAACGCAGACAAGCAACAAUUAACUAGGAUUAAAACAGUAUUCGAAAAAAAGAAUCAAAAAUCGGCGCACAGUAUUUCGCAGUUACAAAAGAAGCUAGACAGUUAUAUGAAAAAAUUAAGAAAUUAUGAGAUGAAUGGCGCGCCUACGAGUCACAGGCAACCGAGGGAAAUGUUACGGGACAUGGGACAAGGACUUAAAAACGUUGGAGGCAACAUCAGGGAUGGAAUCACUGGUUUUUCAGGAACUGUAAUGUCUAAACCGAGAGAGUUUGCUCAUCUUAUUAAAAACAAAUUUGGAAGUGCUGAUAAUAUAAAUACUUUAUCACAUGGCUCGACUUUUUAUGUAAACGAUACACCGCAUGCAGGUAAUGGUGAUAACGCUAGCGUUGAAGACGAUAAAGUCCAUCAUGGCUCGGCCACGCUUCCUGGUGGAUGCAGUCUAGGAUCUACACAAAGCGCAGCUGCUAUGAAAUUUCCGUCUGAGGAAGGAUCGGAGUGUUCUAGCGUGACUAGUGAAAGCGGCCCCGGUAGUAGAGGACAGCCGCACACGUGUCACAGUAAUAACGCAGCUCUGAGUCUCAAGUCUAUUUUCUCAGAAUUGCAGGAGCAUCGAGAGACUCUCGAUCGAAUGAGAGAAAAAUUGGAUACCAUAAAGACGCUGCAACAGGAAGUGACAUAUCUUUCUCAUUCCCUCCAAGAGGAGCGUUUCAGAUGCGAACGUUUAGAAGAGCAGAUCAAUGAUUUAACAGAAUUACAUCAGAACGAAGUAGAGAACUUGAAACAAACAAUUACAGACAUGGAGGAGAAGGUGCAAUAUCAAAGCGAGGACAGGCUACGGGAUAUACACGAAAUGUUGGAGAGUUGUCAAACUAAGAUUUGUAAAAUGGAACAUCAGCAACAGCAGCACCAGCAAUACGUGACGUUGGAGGGUCUGGAUAACAGCAACGCAAGAGCAUUAGUUGUAAAAUUGAUAAAUAUAGUGCUAACGGUAUUACAAGUUGUUUUGCUCCUCGUUGCAACGGGUGCUGGCAUCAUGAUGCCUUUUCUCAGAACUAGCUGUACUAAGCCUCAUUGUUUCAUGUGUAGGGUGCGUAUAUUAACAACUACAUUCGUUGUCCUGGGCAUAGUAUUUGUGCUGAAACAAUGGCCUGAGGUGCACGACGUCGGUAGUCACCUCAUGCGCCACCUUAAACAGACUCUCGCCAUGAAGGAGCAUUGGUGGAAUACUUAAGUUUAAUCAAACCCUGUGAUGCUGAGCUACACUGGACAUAUUGAUUGAAACUUUGCAUCCGUUUAUCAGUGUUGUAGCACUGGAGCAAUAAUAGUACGUAUAUGUGUGUAAAUAAGUUUCUUUUUGGGUUGUUUAAAUUUAUUAUUGUCAUUAUUAUUGUUAUUAUUAUUAUUAUUUUGUCAUUAUUAUUAUUAUUUUAUAAAGAAUAAGUAAUAUGUAUUUUUGAUACCGUUAUUUAAACUGACGAAGCUACUUUGCUGUAGAGAAGAUACGUGAUUUUCAAAUUAAUUUGUACAAACUUUCAUUAAUUUUAUAAUUUAUAUCGCUUUCUUUCGAUUAGCAUUAUUUUUCACUGAUCGCGGAAACUAUAAUGCUGGAUAGAUAACAUUUAGAAAUUUCUAUACUAAAGCACGAAGAAUGAUUCAAAUACUACACAGUGUUACCGUUCGACUAUGGUUAUAUACGCCGCAUUGUUGCAAAAGUUUAAGUUCACCGGUUAGCAAUAUAUUACUAUAUGUUGAUUGUUUCACGGAUAAAUGUCAAAGUGAUGUAAAAGAAGCAAGGCGAAAAAGAAUUGUUUAAGUUAUGCACACGAGAAUAUUUCACGGUUGGUCCAGUCACAAAUAAUGGAUGUACAAUCGAUUUGUUUCUUAUUGAAUGUAUAUCGAUAAGUAAAGCUAAAUGAGGAAUUUAGAACAUCCGAAUCGUCCAAUUGCUAAACAAUAAUGUAAAUUAAGGCAGAGCUCUUAUAUGUCACUGGAGGCAGUGAUGGUGUCCGGCAUUGUAUAAAGUAUGAAGUAGUAUGUACCGUACUGUACAUCGUUUACUUGUUAUUUGUAAGAUCCGAUACAAAUGUAAGUUCUAGAAAGUGCAAGCUUUUCAACUUUCAUUGUUGUGCAUUGCGUAAAAAGUAACUAGUAAGUUAGUUCACGCAUGCAAUGAAAGGAUAAUGAAGAAUUUGGCUGAAAGAGCUAACGCUGAGAAACGUUACUGUCGUGGAGGGAAUGCGGCAAUUUGGGUAUGAAUAAAAAGUUUCACACACAACGCAUGUACUGUUACAUCCGAUAUCAGAAGAGGA